AUGCAAAAGUACUUAAACCCGCAACCACACCUCCCAAAACCAGCAGCUCUCCACUGCCCAUCCUUCCACACUCAGUCAUACCAGCUCAUCCUCCCCACAAACCACAACCAUGAAGUUCACCCUCGCUUUCCUCGCCCUCGUGGCAUCCGUCAUCGCUGCUCCCGCUGCUGUCCCAGCCGCUGCUCCCGUCGCGGACCCAGAAACCCCGGCAAAAUACGCAAACUACGGUGCAUACAAGGCAGUUGCCACUCCUGCUGCUGGAUACGGCACGUACAAGACGUACGCGCCACCAAAGGGCGGAUACGGGUCUUAUGGAACGUAUCAGAAGGAGUAGGACUGUGUUGAAUGAUUGGGGAUGGGAUUGGGACUUGAGAUAAGAUGCAGAUGAUCGAUAUGAAUAUGAAUUAAUGGCCUUUUACUUCGGUUUUGGGGAGGGCGAGGGUGUGAUGACUGCUCGUUGACGAGAUGGAACACGAAGCAGCUGUUGCAAUCUUUUCCGAGCACGUGCUGUGCUUUCUGAUCGUUCAUUUGUGUUUAGUGUUGUCAGCCCUUUGGUGAAUUUACCAUUGGUGAGUGAU